AUGCAAUCAAAUUUCAUCUUUGCCACUUUAUUAGUUUUACUUAGUCUUUUAACAUUCACAUAUGCUAGUGGAAGUUCAUCAAUGACAUCAUCAAGUAUGCCUAUGUUUGGUGGUGCAAUUGUUGCUGCCUUUGCAUUUGCCAUUUUUUCAAGAUUAGCUCAAAACUUUGCUCCACGUGCAAUCUUUUCACUUUUACCAUAUCAUUCAGUCUCUUGUUAA